ACGCACUAAAUAGUAAAAUACAGGAAUUCAAGACUUUCGACGCGGAAGCUUAUUCUAUAAUCGUAAUGGCGUCUGCUUGCGUUUAUUUAUAUUGUAUAUAAUAUGUUAUUUCCUGCAGCUUCACUACACACUAGCCGACCACGUGAUACGGAAGUGACGCGCGGUGCUCAAAAGAGUUCAUCAAAGCAUCUGGCUGCCAAACACCAGCUAGCUACGUUUUAUUCUGUGGGAAAAAAAACCCCAAGGGACAAGAGGACAAACACGGCCAGAACCGAUAACAUUGCAGCCACUGUGAUCAGAAGACAAUAAUGAAUCCUGUGUACAGCCCCGGGCAAACAGGGGUUCCCUUCACCAACUCUAAGGGUUUAGGCUACCCAGCUGGAUUUCCUGUUGGUUACGCCGCGGCUGCGCCAACGUACACCCAGAAUGUAUACCCCGGAGGGAACCCUGCCUUCUCAGGCUAUGCUCCAGGGACUUCCUUCAAAGUGUCCUGUUCACCUAACACUGGUGCUGUCCCACCGUACUCCUCUUCACCCAACCCCUACCAAGCUGCUGUGUACCCAGUUAGAAGCACUUACCCGCAACAGAGCCCCUAUGCACAGGCAUUAAUACCGUCACAACAGCAAGGCACCUAUUACACACAGCCCCUCUAUGCUGCACCCCCUCAUGUCAUACAUCACACAACAGUGGUUCAGCCAAAUGGAAUGCCAGCAGCCAUGUAUGCCCCACAAAUCCAUCCUCCCAGAGCAAACGGAGUAGCCAUGGGAAUGGUAGCCGGGACCACCAUGGCCAUGUCGGCAGGAACAUUACUGACUACUCCAUCACCAGCGCCUGCAGCUCUUGCACCCCACCCAGUCACAAUGCCCACAUAUCGACCUGCUGGCACACACAGCUACAGCUAUGUGCCACCACAGUGGUGAACUAGACCAAUGUCAAGAAUGGUAAAUAUGCAUUCACUCUCGACUCCAGUGUUCCGUGCUUUUGGGGACGGACCAGCCCAACCUGUGUCUGAAGCCAAUUGCUUUACUUCCAGCAUAAUGUGAAACUAAAACCCAGAGUACAUAGAAACGACCAUCUAUCUCUUCGGUAGAAGGGCGUAAGACUAGACUCAUUUCAUAGCCCCUAUUAAUAAAGUAAGGCUGCUUCCCAUGCCAAACUUUAACGCCAGCAACUCCCUCAUCCUACUGCAUAUCGCCCAUCGACUGGUAACGUCCUCAUGCAAACCUUUUUGUCAGUCCUGCAGGUUUUAUAGCUUCAAGUGGUAUAAAGGAGUUCAAGAUUAGUUUGUCUUCGAGUACAUAUGACGUUCAAAUGCAUGUGGAUAUGUAUAGAUAUCUGAAUUAAUGCUAGCUAAGUCAACCUGCUGUGACCGAUGCAAAAUAAACAAAAGGCAAACCUCCAAAGGAAUGGAAUAAGUAAUAAUCUGCAAUGCAUCACCAGUAACCAUGUCUUAAAUGUGAAACCACGACGAGACGUAUUUGUUCAUGCAAAAGCAAAGCUGUGCCAUGUAGUGCAGACUAAAUCGAUCCAUUUUCACUGCGUUGUGUGUUAUGCAAAUGUUCUCUCUUAGUUCUCUCUGUGACAAGUUGUGUUUUACCUCUUUGUUUUACGGAAAAGCGAGGGCAUUGUGCUUUGGGCCGAUGGUCGUUCAUUAGUAAUUCAUCACUGGUUUACAACGGCUUUUGUUAUCUGCUUGAGACACGUUUGGUCCGUUUAAUGUGAAACCAGACACCUAUUUUAUUUUAAAGUAUUGUAGGUGAGGUGCAAGUAGAAGCCAUCGGAUGUCGUCUGUACUCAUUAAAUGAGUGUCGAGUUUUGGCUGUUUUUAUGUUCAAUAUAUGUGUGUAAAUGUGUGUUUGGGAGACUAUAUGAGGAAGUGUGGGUUAGGAACCAUUCGGAAUGCUGGUGGAAAAUGCCUACAAAUGUCCAAAUAUUGAAUUGUUUGGGUAGCUGUUCAGCAUCACUUCAUUAAAUCACUGCUACGUGCACUAACAUGAUGGUGUUCAACUACAUUUGUGAACAGUGCUGCUAAUAUAAGACACUAAAGGCCAUUUUAAGUAUGUUAUAGAGACUGCUUGUUGGAAGAUACCGAUUGCCCGACCACAGUUUCUAGUCUAACCCACCCAACUCUCUGUCUUCAUCAUGCUUUUGUAUGUUGGCAGUUCACUUCGAUUAAAAAUCUGUUUUGUAAAUGUUAUUUUUGUGAUUUUUGUUUCUCGUUUUAUAUUCAAAUAAAAGCGGGAAAAAAUGCUGA